UCGACACGCUCUACACAGGGGCUAAGUUGACGCUACCAAAAGUCACGCACGCGUCCCACCCGAGUACCUACAUCAAACUAUACGUUAUACGAAAUAUCGUCGUCAUCGCUGUCGUCUUGUUAUAUCACAGUCGUUGCGGACGCAACAGGCACUCAGAGUUCCGAAGCACUUGUCGCGGUCCUGAAGAAUUCAACAGCGACGUGCAAAGCAAUAUAGAACCCACGGUGGCAGCGACCACAUUUAAAUCGGUCAUGACGACGAUGGCCACGAACGACACGUUGGAUGACAAUAUCUACGAACCGUACUCGAACCGACCGGAAACGUACAUCGUUCCAGUGGUGUUCGCCAUGAUAUUCGUAGUGGGCGUACUUGGAAAUGGCACGCUGGUGUUGGUGUUCAUCAGGCACCGGAGCAUGCGCAGUGUGCCCAACACGUACAUACUGAGCCUGGCAUUGGGCGACCUGCUGGUCAUCAUCACGUGCGUACCAUUCACGUCCACUGUGUACACGGUCGAGUCGUGGCCAUAUGGUGAGCUCAUAUGCAAGCUCAGUGAGGCCACUAAGGAUGUGUCCAUCGGCGUGUCCGUUUUCACGCUGACCGCGCUCAGCGCCGAGAGGUACUGCGCCAUUGUGAACCCUAUCCGACGGCACGUGUCAUCAAAGCCUUUCACUUUGAUGACGGCCAUAGCCAUAUGGAUGUUGGCCGUGGUUCUGGCCACGCCGUCGGCCACGUUYUCGCACCUGGCCACCGAACCAAUACCCAAUACGAACAUGACCAUCGAAUACUGUUACCCGUUUCCAAUGGAGCUGGGCAGCGGUUACGCACGGGGCAUGGUCAUGUUCAAGCUGCUCGCGUACUACGUGGUGCCGCUGUGCGUGAUCGGUUGUUUCUAUCUGCUGAUGGCCCACCACCUGAUGGUGUCCACGCGCAACAUGCCCGGGGAGCUGCAGCACGCCGGCCAGUCGGGUCAGAUUCGGGCCCGGAAGAAGGUGGCCAAGAUGGUGCUGUCGUUCGUCGUCAUAUUUAUGAUCAGCUUCCUUCCGUACCACGUGUUCAUGGUGUGGUUCCACUUCAACCCAAACUCACGCGACGAGUACGACGACUACUGGCACGCGUUCCGCAUCGUCGGCUUCUGCCUGAGCUUCAUCAACUCCUGCGUGAACCCUGUGGCGUUGUACUUUAUCAGCGGCGUGUUCCGCAAACACUUCAACCGCUACCUGUUCUGCUGCUGCCCGUUCGCCGGUUCCGGUCAAGCCACCGUCGAGUCCACCAUCCAGGACAUCAACUUGACGCACAUCAACAGCACCUCGUGCCGGCGACUCAACUCUGUCGUCACCAGCCACGCGACGACGCUCGGCCACGCCACCUGACAGGCGGCCUGUGGCAGCAGGCCCAACGCCAACGGCAAACGCUCCGAAGACUGCAACGUCGUCUGAUAACGAUAUUGCGUAUUAUAAUGCAAUGUCGAUGGCGAGGGCGGUGAUCGCACGGUAUUUUAUACACGACGUACAGAUAUUAUAUUAUUUUGUCUUGAUAACGUUAGCGAUACUAUCACAGAUCUCGGUACAAUAAUAUAUUAUAAAUAGGUUACAACGAGGCUCGAGCUUUACGCAUCACAUCGUUCGUAUAAUAUUAUAUGAUAUUAUUUAUAACGAGAUGUGUAAAUGUGGCGUGAUGACUGGUAGUAUAGAUUUCUUUCCGUCCAGAAGACGUGUCGUCGGUUACCGUCACGUWCACACCAACACACGGCGGUACACCCGGAGGCGGAUUUUCACUAUACGCGUGUGACGUGUACACGUAAAAUGGGUUCAGGUAAUGGGUUCAGCUAUGUCCGACAACACGGUAACGUGGUUGAUCAUGUGGUAACCUAACCUAAUUGAUCAAUCGCAGCAAAUAAGAUUUUCGCGAACGCGUGUAGUGGAAACCCGCCAAAUGGUGCAGGUCUAUACGGCUAUAUACUUUUUUACCGGAUGCAUUGACACCUCCUAUGGGGCCGGGGCACCUGUAAUGUAAUUUUGCACCCGGACACUAUUUUUUGUGAAACAUUUAUAUUAUACGUAAUUAUUAUAUUUAAAAAAAAAAAAAUAUUUAUUUAUUCGCGUAAAUUUGCGUAACGCGCCUACGUUAUGUGGUGGGUAACAGCGCACGAUAAGGUCGCGGGUCCAUCAUCACUGCAGYGCCAUUUCAUCGAACAAAUUGCACCCCCUCCCCGUCGUUUGUUUUUAAUAAUAAUAAUAUGAUCUGUGAUAUUAUCGUUAUUCGUUACAGUAAAGUUGUAUGCAGCAGCUAUACGACGACACGCCCUCGCCAUCACCGCGCUAUAUAUUACGAGUAUUAAUAGUAUUAUACAAAAACGAUUUAUUUUUCAAUGUUGCUCUUCGUCCCCGCCAUCUCGUCGUUUCUUCUUUUCGCCGGCACAACUUUUUUCCCGAACUCGACGGCACGAGUAAUGUCGGCGCAUUACCGCCACUGCCCGCACCGGCUCACUCGUAAAUCGUUCCACCGAAUCCAUAUUACUUCCGUAGAUGUAAUCCACGUUUAUAUAUAUUAUAUUGUGUACGGUAUAGAUGUGUUCGCAAUAGGUGUAAGUACCGACCGACAGCGGCUUUAAGAUAAAUUUUCUUGUUCGACAAGUUUCCAGCUUCGGUAUAGUCAAACUACGUAUAUGUAUAUAUAUAUAUAUAUAAAAGUUGAACGUCUUCACUGCACACGAGGCCGUGCACAAAAUACGAUGUGACAAUGUUAUUGUUGUUAUUAUCAUAUGAUUAUUAUUUUAUAGAAGUGAUAUGUUGAGUUGUAGUUGAUAAGCUACUACUAUUCGUGGAGCAGAUUUUUUACACUAUACAACACAUCACGUCGGCUUUGUGUCUUACGCGACCUUAAUUUUUUUUCUCCACACACGUCUUAUAAUAUUUAUGUAAUUUAUUUGCUUUUAAUAAUAUUGUAUCGACCUCUCUACUACCUAUCCCGAAACUUUUUUUUAUA